AUGGCGCGUCCAUCAUUCUCCCUCUCUCUCAUCCUCAUUUUCCCUCUUCUUAUUCAUCUCGCUCUCUCCAAAACCCUUAAACGCGACGUGAAGGCAUUGAAUGAAAUAAAGGCAUCACUAGGUUGGAGAGUGGUAUACGCUUGGGUCGGCGACGAUCCUUGUGGCGACGGUGACCAUCCGCCGUGGUCCGGUGUCACUUGCUCUACUGCAGGAGAUUAUAGAGUUGUCACUGAAUUGGAAGUGUAUGCAGUGUCAAUUGUGGGGCCAUUUCCUACUGCUGUAACCAAUUUGUUGGAUCUUACUAGACUGGAUCUUCAUAAUAACAAGCUCACUGGGCCUAUUCCUCCGCAAAUUGGGCGAUUGAAGCGUCUUAAGAUACUUAAUUUGAGGUGGAAUAAGCUACAAGAUGUUAUUCCUCCUGAAAUCGGUGAACUGAAGAGCUUAACUCAUCUUUAUCUGAGCUUCAAUGCUUUCAAAGGAGAAAUCCCUAAGGAGCUUGCAAAUCUUCCCGAGCUACGUUAUCUUUAUCUACAUGAGAAUCGCUUUUCUGGGCGAAUUCCUGCAGAAUUGGGAACACUGAAAAAUCUUCGGCACUUUGAUGUUGGCAACAAUCAUUUGGUGGGUACUAUAAGGGAGCUAAUACGUUCUGAUGGUUGCUUCCCUGCACUCCGCAACCUUUAUUUAAAUGAUAAUUAUCUUACUGGAGGAGUCCCUGCACAACUUGCAAACCUGACCAACUUGGAGAUCUUGCACCUAUCGCACAAUAAAAUGACUGGAAUAAUACCUGUUGGACUUGCUCAUAUUCCUAGAUUGACUUACUUGUACCUGGAUCACAACAAUUUUAAUGGGAGAAUUCCUGAUGCCUUCUAUAAGCAUCCGUAUUUAAAAGAGUUGUAUAUUGAAGGAAAUGCAUUCAAGCCAGGUGUAAACCCAAUAGGUGUUCACAAAGUCCUUGAAGUGUCUGAUACCGAGUUUGUAGUUUAG